GUGGAGCCGGCCCGAGGGGCAGCAGUCCGGCAGUUGGCGGCGGAGCGAGCGAGCGAGCGAGCGAGCGGGCGGGGACGGAGGAUCCACAAUGGAGCGCGAGGUCCAGCGGGUUCGCGCCGCCUUCCGGUCCGGCCGGUCGCGCCCCCUGACGUUCCGGCGGCAGCAGCUCGAGGCCCUGCGCCGUAUGGUGCAAGAGCGCGAGAAGGACAUCCUGGCGGCCAUCACCGCCGACCUGAGCAAGAGUGAACUCAACGCUUACAGUCAAGAAGUCAUUAGUGUUCUUGGGGAAAUUGAUCUCGUGCUGGAGAAGCUUCCCGAAUGGGCUGCUGCGACCCCAGCCAGGAAGAACCUGCUCACCAUGCUGGACGAGGCCUACAUUCAGCCUGAGCCCCUGGGGGUUGUGCUGAUCAUCGGAGCCUGGAACUACCCAUUUAUUCUCACCAUCCAGCCUCUGAUAGGCGCCAUCGCUGCAGGAAAUGCUGUGAUUGUCAAGCCUUCUGAAAUCAGUGAAAAUACAGCCACUACCUUGGCCAAGCUCCUCCCUCAGUACCUAGACCAGGACCUAUACGCUGUCAUUAACGGUGGUGUCGAGGAAACCACAGAGCUUCUGAAGCAUCGAUUUGACCACAUUCUUUACACGGGAAACGCCACUGUUGGAAAAAUUGUCAUGGAAGCUGCGGCCAAGCACCUGACCCCCGUGACUCUCGAACUGGGAGGGAAGAGCCCGUGCUACGUUGACAGAGACUGUGACCUGGACGUCGCCUGCAGACGCAUCGCCUGGGGGAAGUACAUGAACUGCGGCCAGACCUGCAUCGCCCCCGACUACGUCCUCUGCGAGCCAGCCCUCCAGGACCAAAUCGUGCAGAAGAUGAAGGACGCCGUGAAGGAAUUUUAUGGAGAAAAUAUAAAAGAGUCUCCUGACUACGAGAGGAUCAUCAACCUCCGCCACUUUAAGAGGAUUCUGAGUUUGCUGGAAGGACAGAAGGUGGCGUUCGGCGGGGAGACCGACGAGGCCACGCGCUACAUAGCCCCAACAAUACUCACUGACGUUGAUCCUGGAAGCAAAGUGAUGCAGGAAGAAAUUUUUGGACCAGUUCUUCCGAUAGUGCCCGUGAAGAGCGCCGAGGAGGCCGUGCGGUUCAUCAAUGAGCGGGAGAAGCCCCUGGCUCUCUACAUAUUUUCUCAGAACAAUAAGCUCACCAAGUGGUUGAUCGACCACACGUCCAGCGGGGGUGUCACCGGCAACGACGUGAUCAUGCACUUCAUGCUCAGCUCCCUGCCCUUCGGAGGAGUGGGUUCCAGCGGGAUGGGAGCUUAUCACGGGAAGUACAGCUUCGAUACCUUUUCUCAUCAGCGUCCCUGUUUAUUAAAAAGCUUAAAGAGAGAAGGUGCUAACAAACUCAGAUACCCUCCCAACAGCCCGUCGAAGGUGGACUGGGCAAAGUUCUUCUUGUUGAGACGGUUCAGCAGAGGGAAGCUGGGCCUCCUGUUACUCACGCUCCUGGGCGUCGUGGUGGCCGUGCUCAUCAAGGCUGGACACUGCUGAAGAGCGAUCCUGUUCCACCUCCUCGUCUCUACUGAAUUAUUCUUCUUUUAAAUAAUUAAUGAGCCAAUGAUUUUUAAAUCCUACCAAAAAUAGAAAGUUUGCAAAUGCACCGUAAUCGAACCUAAAGGUCAUUGCCACUCACCAUUAAUCAAACCUGCCAUCUCAGCCAAGCCCCAGCACGCCCCACCAGAAGCGAGGACGCUCUGAGGAUCCGCAUUCCACGGUGCUCCCCAGAUCCUGGAGCUCUGGGCUGGGGAGGAGAGUGUGCUGGGUAAACCCCAGCUCCAGAACCUGCUCCGUGACUCCUCCACUCCAGUUCACGGAACACGGGACCCCUCCCCCCACUGGCAUUGCUCUGUGAAGCCGUCCAGAGCUCAGCUGUCCAGGGAUGUGAGGCGAGGUCUUUCCAGCCCCGCUUGAGGUUCGAGGACUAGGAGUGGGGGGUGGGGACGUGGGUCCCUGUCCCUCACCUGCUGGGACUUGACCUGUCCUGCAGGAGGCAGCCCUCCUUUCUCAUCCAUUCUCCGUCCUGCCUUGUAUUUGUGACCAUCUGUUGUGGGGUCCACUGUGACUGACGUCCCUCAAAGCAUCUUGUAAGUCCUAGGGUCUCCUGGAAGACAGUUGCCAAUUUCAUGCAAGUGUCACCUGUCAUUUUUAUGGUGCCGGAGUUGCAGAAUUCUGCCCCUUAUUAAAACCUAAAUGGCAUUUUUUCAUGCUGUAAUCAAGGUACUUAUAACAGUACCUACCCUUCAUAGCGCCUUAAAGUUGCGAAUGGGUCUUCAAGGACAAAUCUUUGUUUCUUAUUUCUGUAGCACAAGGGAAGUAAAUUUCACUUUUUUAAACUUGAGAGCAAGCUUCUGAGUAGAUUGGGUCCACAGAACUUACCGAGGGGACCAUCUCCCAUCGUGGCCAGGAGGCCUUGGAUAGUCACCACUGCAGCCUGAGAGCCUCGGGGGGCAGGGGGAGGGGUCUCCUGGCUGCAGGGCCCACCCUCCCCGCCCUGAACACUCAGCAAGAGAACAUAGCUCACCUUCCACUGCGUGUAAUCAGCUCUGGAAUGAAUCUGUUCCAUUACCGCUGCCUGAAGCAUGUCACGUCUUCAUCACGGGGUGAGGUGUCAGGAAUUAAUCACUAGGCUAGUUUAGGGAAAAGCUGCUUAAACAUGGCUUUCGCUAUCAGAAUAAUCGAUCAUAAAAUGUCUUAAACGUCAAGAUGGAAUUUUUGUUUGGUAUACUAAAUUGUACGUUAUAAUUUCUAGUUAAACUAAAUUAUUGGCUUGUCUAGUAUAUUUCUGCUUCAAAAUAAAUAAAUAUAUUUGAUAAAAUUGG